AUGGCUCUUUCAAGUAUGUCUGAAGGGGAGGGGAGUGGUGAACGGGGUGGCAUGGAGAGAGGAGUGCGGGUGUUGAUUGGGGUGGUAUGGGAAGAGGAGUGGCUUAUGGAAAUGAGUUCUUUCUCCUCUCCUUCUACUAUGUUCCUCCCUCAUCUUACAGACUACCAAAGAAUAGACGGUGAGGAGCACUUGAAUGCUCUACUUCAAGCCUGCCCCAUCCCGCCGAAGGUAUACGAGGACUUUGCUGCGGAUGACUUUGAGGAAGUCCGGAUCAAUUUCGAGGAGAUCCAGGCGGCCUUUUUUAGAUUGCAACAGCAGGUGGAGCUGCGGCUGCUCGAGCUGGGAGGUGCGAUGAUUCAGCGGAACGCGCAGAGCGAGGGGGGGCUGCCAUCAGGUGAAGUGCGCCUUUCCCUCAACGGCCCUGUCAUUUUCUCAUACCUCAGCGCCACUGCUGCUGCUGCUUCAGCUUUGUCACGUCACUCCCACAAGGGCGUGCACGGAGGAUCUGCAGGCGGAGAUGCUUUCUCUCCCCUCAUGCUGUUCCCCACUACAUACACGGUGGAGAUGGAUCAUGAAAGCGAGGGUGCUGUCCUCCUUUUCCAUGCCAUUCACCUCGUGUACGUCCCUCCAUGCCCCUCUCUCCUCCCACCAGGCGUACACGGAGAGCAUGGAGGCGGGGGCGGGGAACAUUCAGCUGCACAUACAGCUACUGCUGCUGCUGUAGCCCACGAGGGGCAUGACGAGGGGGAUGGCACCUUCGUCAACAGCAGCUCCACGUCCGAUUCGAAUUAUUUUUUGACAGAGCUAGACGAGCAGAAGAAGCAAGUAGAGGCGAAUAUGGCGGACGACAAGACACUAAAGAAGCUGAUAGAUGCUGACCGAGAUUUUAAGGAAAAGGGAGGCGACAGGACCAAGAAGUUGAAUAAGCUGCUCAGAGCCAACUUCGACGAGAGAUUUGCACUCGCCAAUCGGGCGGAUUUUGCUGAACGCGCAUUUCUAGGAGUCUGCGAGGAACAUUACAAGGUUCAAGCGAGGGUUGUUGAGUUGGAACGUCAGGUUGAGGAGCAGCGAUAUGCGGCUGAGAAGAAUGAGAGACUGUUGUCUGAGCUGGCGGGGUCGCGGGGGUUGUUGGCAGAGGAGCUCAAGCGCACGGUUGAGCGGUUGAGCAAGGAGGCGGAGAGAGAUGCAGAACUGCUGAAGAGGGCCGCUCACCUGCAUGAGAGGGAUUCUGAGGUGGAGCAGUUGAAAGCUCGGCUGGCCGAGCUGAGUGCUCAGCAAGCUGAGAGAGAUGAUGAGGUGGAGCAGAUGCGCUCUCAGCUGGCUCAGAUGAGAGCUGAGAUGGAGGAGAAGGACGCCCGACUGAAGGCAGUGGCCGAGGAACAGGAUCGCUUUAAAGAGGUUGACCUGCAUGAGCCGUGA